AUGCGUCGUCUGUCCGGCUGCAUCUUCCAGUGGGACGAUGAGGACCUGACCGCCCUGAAGGAGGCAAAGCAGACUCAGGCCGCAGAGGAGGGUGUCAGCAUCCAAGGUCGAGAGCAGGAGUGGAUGACCAAGAGGGAACUGCGCCACGCUGUCAACCAGUUGGCACAGACUGUCCUUGGGUCCCCCUUAGACCCCGCCUUCCAGCACCCGCGGUUCCACACCGGAGAACUGAUAGGGGUGGAGUACCUGUAUUCCCAGACGGGCAAGGCACUCCAGGAGAUCAAGGAGGAGGACGAGGACCUGGAGGAGGAUGACGGGGAGAUGGACGAGGGUUUCGGCGAGGAAGUGGUAGUCGUCGAAGACCUGACCAUUCCAGAGCCUGACAUCGAGGCAGCGGCAGCAGUGAUGCAGUCCAGGAAGCUAGUGGCCGGUCUCGUGCAACCACCAUCCAGUACUGCACCGCCACCAUCCAGCACUAGUGCUGUCCGGCAACUUCGCAGUACUGUCAGGUCGCCGAGAAAAGCCGCACGGCCCACUGGACAGCCUAACCUUGUCGCUGCCUCAAUGCCAGCACCUCGACCCGAGACCCCCCAUCUGACCCCACCCCAGCCGGAGCCUGCACCUUCCACCCUACCAGAAAGAACUCCACCCCUCUCAUCCCAGGCAGAGUCGGCACCGGAAGAGCAGAACCAGGAGGAGCGGCUGCAGGAACCCACCUCCGGACUCCAGCAAGUGCAGGACCUGGCAGACUACUUGUAUGAGCUCAGGUCGUGCAGGACCCUGUCUCGGAGUCAGGAGGAUGCCUUGAUUGCCCUCCGGGAGAAACUGGAACCCCAGGACAAAAGACCUACGGUGUUUCAGCCCAGGACCAAGUCCCCUCCCAAGGGCAGGUUCCAGGCAGCCAAGACAGCCAAAGGACCGGUGAAAGCCAACGAGGAGAAGACCAAGAGGUGA